GUACAAACCAGGUUUCUGCAGAAGAGGAAGAAGGGGUUUCAUUGCCAAGAGCAGAUGUUGGGUGACGUGUCACAUCGGGAGCCACCCUGUUAGAUGUCCUCGAGGUCUUUCCCAGGACCACCACACAUCUGGACACUCCUUGUGACUGCCCUGUCCUGCCAAAGGGGACCUGACUAGUUCCUGCCCUGCCUGGAGCCCUGUGCUGCCACAACUCCAGAGUUGUUCCCGUGCGAGUGGGCUGAGGAACAGCCGGGAGCCGGAGGGGCUGUGCCGCAGGAGGAGGUGCUUUGUGCCAGCCAUGUGCCCGGCUGGGUGGCACCCCCAGCCCCCCGACGCCGUGGGCCUGUCUCAGUAGCCCCCCCGGGCUCUGCUGCCCCGCGCCGUUGAUGUUGAGCGUGUUGUGUUUCAGGGUGUUGAGGAAGAUGCAGAGGCGGCACAGCAGCAACACGGACACCGUGCCUCCGGAAAGGAACCGGAGCCAGACGGUGAGUUCCGAGACCAGCGUGGAUGAGAGCGGAGUGUUCGAAAGCCUCAAGGCCGAGGCCUCCUCCCCGCAGCAGCUCUUCUCGGGGCUGGCCGGGAUCCCCUCGGGCACCAUCACGGCCGCGCCCUUCCAGUCGGGGUUGGUGCUGGGCUCCUCGGCGGGAGGCGGCGAGGUGUUCAUCCAGAUGCCGGCCCCGCGGGAGGAGGGGGCCGGCCGCGCCGAGGGGGCCCCGUUCCACCACCACCGCCAGCCCUCCCACCACUUCCACCACGGCCACCACCGCGGCUCCUCCCUGCUGCACAUGGCGGGCGGCGACCGGCACGGCCACGCCGAGGAGGGCCCCGAGGAGCAGGGGGGCACCCCAGCCCCGGCCCUCUCGGAGCUGAAGGCCGUCGUCGGGUGGCUGCAGAAGGGGCUUCCCUUCAUCUUGAUCCUCCUGGCUAAAGUUUGUUUCCAGCACAAGCUUGGGAUUGCUGUGUGCAUUGGCAUGGCCAGCACCUUCGCCUACGCCAACUCCACGCUCCGAGAGCAGGUCGCCCUGAAGGAGAAGAGAUCAGUGCUGGUUGUGUUCUGGAUCCUGGCCUUUCUCACUGGAAACACCUUGUACUUGCUUUACACAUUCAGCUCUCAGCAGCUCUACAACAGCCUGAUCUUUCUGAAGCCCAACCUGGAGAGUCUGGACUUCUUUGACCUGAUGUGGAUCGUGGGCAUCGCAGACUUUGUGCUCAAGUACCUCACCAUCGCCCUCAAAUGCCUCGUGGUGGCCCUGCCCAAGAUCAUCCUGGCUGUCAAGUCCAAGGGCAAGUUUUACCUGCUCAUCGAGGAGCUGAGCCAGCUGUUCCGCUCCCUGGUGCCCAUCCAGCUGUGGUACAAAUACAUCAUGGGAGACGAUCCCUCGGGCAGCUACUUCCUGGGAGGGAUCCUGAUCAUCAUGUACAGCCUCUGCAAGUCCUUUGACAUCUGUGGCCGUGUGGGAAGUGUCAGGAAGGCACUGAAGGUCCUCUGCACCCCCCAGACCUACGGGGUCCGUGCCACCAGCCAGCAGUGCAGCGAGGCAGGAGACAUCUGUGCCAUCUGCCAGGCAGAGUUCAGGGAGCCUUUGAUCCUCCUGUGCCAGCACGUGUUCUGCGAGGAGUGCCUGUGCCUGUGGUUCGACAGGGAGAAGACGUGUCCCCUGUGCCGCUCGGUCACCGUGGAGACCCUGCGCUGCUGGAAGGAUGGCACCACCUCUGCCCACUUCCAGGAGCCAACGGAACAGUCGUCACCGGCCGGGAACUCCGUCCUCAAAGGCAAGGAGAGGUGGUUUGUGCCUUGGCUGAGCUACAGCCGAGGAUUUUCCUUGAGCUAACGUGGUUAUGAACUGCCUGGGAUGUUUCCUGCUUCCCUGUCCUUUUAGUGUGGACAAAUCCCACGUGGACAAGGCAAGGGAAGCGUGGAUUUCAUGGGUAUGACCUGAUGUGCUGCAGCAAAGCUGUGCCUGGCUCGGGCCUCUGCUGAGGUGUCUCACGUUAUAUGGCCCCACAUUCCCUGGAUCCACAGCUUUAUAGGAUGACACAGUGGCUGUUACAGAACCUCUGGGAACUCUUCCCAAGCAGGGCUUCAGAACCUCGUGCCCAAAAGGUCACCUGGGGCUGGAGAAAUGGCAUUUCCCAGCAGCCACGUGUGUGCAGUUGGUCCCACCGAUGGCACAACUGUGGCUGCAAGUGUAAUAAAAUCAUUAAAAAGUCGGGAAAGACCAAGACCAAGCUGGGAAUUACAUUUAUUUUUGUUGGGAAUGUUUUCCCAUUUUAAUUUUCAUGGUGAGGCUUUGUGAUUUCCCAGUGUAUGAGGAGAGCAGCGGGAGGCAGAGGGAGAUUGAAGUGACAGAAUCACGGGAGCCGAGUUGGAUUUGUGUGGGUGAAAAAUCCAGCUCCAAACCAAGAGCAUCCCACAAACUGAGGGGUUUCUGCUCCUGCUCCUUGGUGCAGCCACUCCAGGCCAGCCCCACUCGUAUCCAUGACCUGCCCGGGUCCCAAACCAGGAGAACUGGAGCUCCUGGAGGGAUCCCUGUGUUGGCAGGGAAUUAAACCCUUCCCGUGGCUGAGGUGCUGCAGCAGCAGGGAGCUGCUGUUUGUUCUGGAGCUUUCCCUGUCCCCAAAGCACCUCUGCUCCUGCUGCACAGCCAGGAAGUGCCUCCUUAGGAACUGUGGGGUUUUCCCAGCUCAUUGCCAUGGGAAUGGCCGGAGGUGAUGGUCCCAGCUGAGGUGACAGUCCCACCUGAGCCCAUCCCCUGGGGGAGAUGAGCUGGGUCUGCGCUCACUGGAAUCCCCAGGGGGAGAAUUCCAGCCAACAGGAGCUGGGGGCAACAGGAUUAAAGCUCCUCAUUUCUUUGGGAUGUGGCUGGAGGAGGGAUGGUGGUGGGAGGCAGAGCCUGAGCAGGGAAGAGUCCAAAUCUGGCUUGAGAGGUGUAGGGAAGCAGAGGAGGGAAAGCUUUGCUUUCCAAGACAAAGUGAUUUGACUCCCGUUAAAAGGAUCCUGUGAAAGCAGGGAAUUAGCCCAAGGAAUCUGGUUGCUCUCUGCAAUGGGAAUGGCCCCUCUGGGAUGGGGGAAGGCAGGAAGCAAGGCUGGCAGUGGGCACAGAAAGGUGGGAUAGCCUGGUGUAUCCACUGGGAAGAGGGCAAAUGAGGGAUUCCGUGGGCAGGCAGCUCCUGAAAGGCCUCAGUGCCAGUUUUCAGGGAACCAAAAGGUUGGUGCUUCUGCUUUCUAAGUGUUUGAAAAGCCACUUCUGUUUCUUUUUUUUCCCUAAAUGCUCCUGGAAAAUGUGUUUGGGCAAGUGUAGAAGGUCAGUGGGAGCCCAGCACUGCAGGAAGUGUGGGACAAACUGUUCCAGAGUUAGUCAGUGUUUAGGGAAAAUUUGGGAAUAUUGUUUGAAUUCUUACAGUCUUUUUGAGAGGGGAGGACAGUUCUACCCUCUCCUAGAACAUGACACCAGAAAACAUCCAGGGGGAAACUUCAGCUCCAGUGAUGGGAAUCUGCUGAUUUCCAGGGGAAAACAGGGAGGGCUGUGGGAGGAAAUCACUCAGAGAGAGGAAAUAAAAACCCGGAGCCUUUUUUUUUGCCAUUGAACAGUUAUUUUUCUCUCUUUUUUUUAAUAAAGUCCUUAUAAAUAUGUACAAAGAGUCUCAGCAUACGAAAUUCCUUUUACAAAAGAGAGAAGCCCCUUCCAAGCAGGACCAGGAGCCUCCAGGGGCUCUGCUCCUGCCUUGGGGAGGUGGAAACCUGCACAGUGACUCUGCUGGAGUUACACCCAGGGUAGGGAAUUGUGCAUUCCCUGUCAUCCCUGUCAUUCCCUUAGCAAUGGACCUGGGAGAGACUGGGAAGUUCUGCAGUGUCCUAAGGAUUGAUGAUGGGAAGGGUUUUGUGGUGAGCUGGUGUUUGAAUUGACUGGAAAGGUGAUGCUGAAAAUACCCAUGGAAUUAAACCCCCCUGAGCUGGGUUUGCUCUGCUGAGGAGCCACUUGGAAGUGAUGGUGUAACUAACCCAGGGUGUAACUAAUCAAGGGUGUAACCAAUAAUGGAUGUCAUUAAUAAAGGCCAUUUAACACCCAGAAGCUUGCAGUGAAUAUUUAUCAAGCUCCAAAGUCCCUUUGUGUAAAUAUAAAACCCCUCAGGGAACUCGAGCCCUCGGGUUUUCCUGCCCAGUGAGGUUGGAUCAGUCACAUCAGAAUUCCCUCCUGUGUUCAAAUAAAUAUCAUCAGG